CGCCCAUCCAUCGCCGAUACCGUUGCCCGAGAUCGGAUUCCCACUAGCGAGCUACAACAUCUGGUACAACAGGGAGGAUAGAGUUAGGAGAGAGGCCAACAGAGCCGGGCAAUCCCAAUGGCGGAAUCAGUAGACCGAGUCUUCGUCCAUGCCCUCAACACCGUCAAAAAGAUCCCCAAGACGGGGGCGACGCGGCCGCCCCCGGUGGACCGGAUGCGCCUGUACGGGCUCUACAAGCAGGCCAUGGAGGGGGACGUCGAUGGCGUUAUGGAGCGGCCGUCGGGCGGCAUCCUCAGCGCCGAGGAGCUCCGGCGCGAGCAGGACAAGUGGGACGCGUGGAACUCGCAGAGGGGGCUGUGCCGCACCGAGGCCAAGCGGAGGUACAUCGAGGUGCUCAUCGACACGAUACACCGGUACGCCACGACGCCGACGGCCAUAGAGCUGGUGGCCGAGCUCGAGUUUGUGUGGAACCAGAUCAAGAACAACAACAGCAGCAACAACAACAACAACAACAACAAUAAUAACAGCUCCGCUGGAUCCGCCUCGUCGCCGGACAGCGGGGUCAGGAGGUUCCAGCAGCCGCUGAACGGGAGCGAGGGCCCGAUGAAGGUCCUGAGCCCGAUGAGCGAGGAGGACGAGGCGGAGCGGGAGUCGGAACGCCGGCUCGGCGAAGAAGCGGACGACGAUGGGGAGUAUCUCAAGAAGGGGGACAAGUGGUCGAAGAAGAUGGAGAGGGCAAUCGUCAGGCUGUCCACCGAGGUGGCCGCGUUGCGGGAACAGAUCACCAGCGGACGGGAGUGGAGGUCGAGAAGGGAGAGGAGCGCCCGAGCUUGGAUAGGAUGGGGCCUGUGGGCCCUAACGAAGCACGUCGCCACGGACGUCUUGAUACUUAUCGUUUUGCUCCUCUGGAUGCGCCGGCGGAAAGACCGGCGACUCGAGGACUACGUUCGAGGCGCCCUCGGGGUCGCCCGAGAGUAUGUGAGGAAGGUAUUACCAUCACGAUGAAGCAUGGGUCCGGAAGGGGGAGAUCGAGAAGGAUGCGACACCAAGUAAUUGGACCAGACAAGGCCCGGAUUCCCCCACAGCU